UGGAGGUGUGAAGCGGCUGCGGAGGGAGGUGCGCGCGCACGCACACGCUCGCCGGGCGGCCGCACAUCCCAGCACAUCUCCCGCUUCCCCUGCCCUUCCUCCAACACCGGCUCUUCCUCUUCCUCCGCAUCAACGCAGGUGUUUAACAAGUGACUAACCCUUACGUGAAUGAGAUUUGCUGGGUAAGGAUGGCAGUAGACGGAGGACAUGCUACGUCGAUAUGGUGAAUCUAACAAUAGAUUCCGAGUUCUUCAUGUCAGGCAGAUGAAGUAGUCGUCUCUCUUUUGCACACCUUCAAACAUAAGCAGCAGCUGCCGACAUCCAACUGCACUCCUUUGCUGCACCACUAAUGGAGAACAAAUAAGGCCACCCCAGUGGAGCUCACUUCUUUGCCAUCCUUUGAUCUCAUCGAAGAGCAAUGCAGCGGUUCCAUUAUAGCUCAGACCAUGGCUGCCACAUUUGGUUCCGUGAAAGGGACUGUGACUCGGGGAGAAUAAAUCUCCUCUCCUUCAACGAUUCUAAUGCAGAGCACUUGUACCUGUCUCUCGGACGCCCAUCACCAUCAACCUUAGCAUUUAUAGGAAGCUGCGGCUAAGGUGGUGGGCUGCAAUGGAGAUAGAAGCACCGGCCUCCUCCUCGGAGCUGCACGUCGCGUCGGCAGCGGCCUACUUGGUGUGGGAGGACCUCACGGCCGUGCUGCCAAACUACGACGGUGGCCGACAGCCUAAGAAGUUGAUAGAGGGCCUAAGCGGGUACGCGGUGCCCGGCCGGAUCAUGGCCAUCAUGGGGCCGUCCGGCUCCGGCAAGUCCACUCUUCUCGACUCUUUGGCAGGGAGGCUUGGGAGGAAUGUUGUUUUGACCGGAAGGGUGCUUCUCAAUGGAAAGAAGAGAAGGUUGGACUACGGUGUGGUGGCAUAUGUAAGACAAGAAAAUGUGUUUCUUGGAACCCUCACUGUCCGGGAAACCAUUACCUAUUCAGCUCAUCUGAGGCUCCCGGCCACCAUGAGCAAACCGGAGGUGUCAAGUGUAGUUGAAGGGACAAUAGAAGAGAUGGGCUUGCAGGACUGUGCCGACCGUGCGAUAGGGAAUUGGCAUUUAAGAGGGAUAAGCGGUGGAGAGAAGAAGAGGCUAAGCAUUGCACUUGAGAUACUAACACGUCCUCGUCUUCUGUUCCUCGAUGAACCAACGAGUGGACUUGACAGUGCCUCAGCUUUCUUCGUCAUCCAGACACUAAAGCAGAUUGCAAUCGAUGGCAAUACGACCAUCAUCUCCUCCAUCCACCAGCCUAGCAGUGAAGUUUUUGCUCUCAUUGAUGACCUCUGCCUACUGUCAGGAGGAGAGGCUGUCUAUACUGGAGAUGCUAAGCUGGCCACCAAGUUCUUUGCAGAAGUUGGAUUUCCCUGUCCCAGCAGAAGAAAUCCUUCCGAUCACUUCCUUAGAUGUAUAAAUUCUGAUUUUGAUCAUGUUAAUGCCACAAUGAAAGGCUCAAUGAAAUUGCAUGAGGAGACAGAAUCAUCUACAGAUCCUUUGUCAAAGUUAGGCACCUCAGAGAUCAAAGCUAUUCUUAUCCGUAGAUACAAGAGUUCAGAGUAUGCCAUGGCAACCAAAAGGCAGAUACAAGACAUAUCCAAGACAGAAGGGAUUAUAUUUGAAUCGGAAGAAGGGAACCAAUCUACUUGGUGGAAGCAGCUCAGAACUCUCUCAAAGAGGUCUUUUGCAAACAUGUCGAGAGACAUUGGAUACUACUGGUUAAGGAUCAUAAUUUACAUGAUAGUAUCUGUAUGCGCCGGCACGGUUUACUUUGAUAUUGGCAAAAGCUACAAAGCCAUACAGGCAAGAGCUUCUUGUGGGGGCUUUAUCUCAGGCUUCAUGACAUUCAUGUCCAUCGGAGGAUUUCCAUCCUUUAUCGAAGAGAUGAAGGUCUUUACACGCGAAAGGCAAAAUGGCCACUACGGAGUUGCAGUAUACAUACUCUCCAACUUUCUAUCCUCAUCACCAUUCUUGGUUGCAAUUGCUUUCGCAACUGGAUCAAUAACCUUCUUCAUGGUGAAGUUUAGGAAAGGUUUCUCAUACUUUGCCUACUUUACUACAAGUAUUUACGCCAGCAUUGCGGUGACAGAGAGCCUGAUGAUGAUCGUCUCAUCACUUGUGCCAAAUUUUUUGAUGGGCAUCAUAACUGGAUCUGGCAUCAUUGGAAUUAUGAUGAUGACGGCAGGGUUCUUUCGCUUGCUACCAGAUCUUCCGAAGCUUGUUUGGCGAUAUCCAAUUUCCUUGAUCAGUUAUGGUUCAUGGGCAUUGCAGGGAAAUUACAAGAAUAAUUUGAUUGGGCUAGAAUUCGACCCGUUGAUAUCUGGGGAUCCCAAAUUGAGUGGGGAGUACAUUCUCGAAAACAUAUUUGGAAUUAACUUGCAUCAAUCGAAGUGGAUAGAUCUAACGGUCAUCUUCAUCUUACUCAUAUCAUAUCGGGUUCUCUUCUUCCUCAUCUUAAAGUUUAGAGAGAAGGUAUCGCCAGUGUUUCGAAUGAUCUAUGCAAGAACAAUUCUGAAGCAGAUCAUGAAGCUUAAGAUGAGGACGAUGUCCUUCUCAACGAGGCACCCAACACAGCACCCCAUGGCUUUGCAAGAAGGACUUGGCUCCCCACCUCCAUGACAUCAACUAGUACUACUUGAUGGUGAAACUGUUAAUGCUGGGCUUGCUAUCUAUUGAAAUAAUGGAAGGGGGUUGCUGUAUGUAUUCUUGGGGGUGACUUGCUCUCUCAAGUCUUCAUGCAGGAGGCUUUGGUUCUUGUUUUGCGAUGGAUGCAUAUUGUUUCAUCCAUUUACAUUUUUAAGCAUGAAUUAACAAUUGCAGAUUGAGGAAUGUUACAAGGAGAAUUAAGCAAUGAUCUCUGCAUGUCA